UUUCUUGAAAGCAAAACAAUAUAUUGCACGCUGCGGGGGGGGGGUACAUACCAGAAGACUGCAGGCACGAUGGAAUUCGCAGUAUGAAAAGAAUAAUAAAAUAAACAACGCACUUUACGGCCAUUACGGUGUCACAUCGCCCUCAUAGGAUCAAUCAUAAAUCCCCCCACGGAAGUGAUCACACAUGCUUUUCAGAUAUCCGAAUUGCCACUUACCAUAAAAAGGACUUCCAUAAUCACUGGGCCUAUCUUUGAAUUGUAGCAGACAUCUCAAGACUGGCCAGGCUCACGUUUUCCAAAUUCAGCAUGGUAUCAAUAUGUUUUGUGGCAUGUCUCCUCAUCUGCUUCAUGGGAGUUAACCCUCUGACCGGUAUCAGCGAAGAUCAUCUUCGCUUUGACAAUCCAACUCAUCAAGUUCGUGGCUCUUUGAUGAAGAGAAAGACCCACCAUUACAUCAUCGUUGGAGCCGGUACGGCCGGCAUGACCAUUGCUGCCCGACUCUCCGAAGACCCGCAUGUUCAAGUGGCAGUUGUUGAAGCAGGAUUCGACUAUGAUCUAUCGCCAGUGAACAAACGAUUGGUUGACACGCCAGGAACCGAUACUAUAGGAUGCGGUGGCAAGCAGUAUGACAACAUGGCCGAUGCCGUAGAUUGGCGUUUUACCACCACACCUCAAUCAGGAGCCAACAAUCGCACAGUUCGCUACGCUAGGGGAAAAACUAUUGGGGGCAGCUCGGCACGGAACUUUAUGAUUUAUCACCGAGCAUCAAAAGGUUCUUUAGACAAAUGGGCCGAACUGACUGGUGAUCCCGAUUGGACGUUCGAAAAGCGGUUUGAUGAUUAUCAAAAGAGCGUGUCAUUUACUCCUCCCAAGCAUGAUUUGCGCCAGGAGUUACCGGCAGCUCAAUGUGAUCCUCUAGCAUUCACCCGAUCAAAUGGGCCGGUUCAAAUCUCGUACCCUAACACGGCCCAACCUUUCUCGAAGUACAUGCAACUGAGUCUCAAUGAGAAAGGUAUUCCUACCUGCCAAGACUUCAACGGAGGAUCCUUGAGUGGUGUACAAUAUGCUUCAACAACCAUCGACCCAAAAGACAGUCAUCGAUCCUCCUCACGUGCCUUCCUCGAUGCCGCGCGUACUCGAAACAAUCUGGUGGUUUACACGAGUGCCAUGGUCAAAAGGAUUAUCUUCGAUGAAUCCACGCCACCCCGAGCGCAAGGGAUUGAAUUCCUGAAUACGCUGGCAGGUUCAUCUGAUCAGCUGUUUGCAAAGAAGGAAGUGAUUUUAUCGGCCGGUACCUUUCAGUCUCCGCAACUACUUAUGGUCUCUGGGAUUGGACCCAGGGAUCAGCUUACGGCUAACAAAAUCCCAAUACGCGUUGAAAAUCCAAACGUUGGACGGGGAAUGCAAGAUCAUAUAUUUUUUGGGCCAACUCAUCCGGUUCAUACAAUUGAGACACUGACUCGCAUUGCGGUCAACACCGACUACUCCCUCUCCCAAUACCUGAAUUUCACUCGUCGACAAUUGGGCCCAAUGACAAAUAAUGCGGCCGACAUGAUCUCCUUUGAAAGAUUCAAUACAUCAAAGCUGCUGCAGCUAAAAGCGCAAUCUCUUUCUGACUACCCUGCGGAUUGGCCGCAUGUCGAAUACUUGAGUGCCGGCGGCCUUGUGGGCGACUUCUCAGAUCUACAUAGGCUGAAUUUGAAAGCUGGCAUGGCCACCGGAAAGGAGUUUGUGACAAUUCUGGCAGCUUUGGUCGCGCCACAGUCCCGAGGGACCGUCAAGAUUACAUCAAAUGAUGCAUCCGUUCCUCCCCUGAUCGACCCGGGAUGGCUAACUGACCCUGUCGAUCAAAGAAUUGCUGUCGAAGCUUUCAAACGAACCCGGGAGUUUUUUUCGGCUAAAGCUAUGCACCCAAUUCUUGAUGGGCAGGAGUAUCUGCCGGGUCCCUCAGUCAACAGUGAUGAUCAAAUUCUUGAUUGGAUAAAGAACAACCUCAUGACGGUGUGGCAUGCUGCUUGUACUUGUGCAAUGAGAACCAAAGACCAGGGCGGCGUGCUUGAUUCACAUUUCAAGGUAUAUGAUACUAAGGGUCUACGUGUCGUAGAUGCUUCGGCUUUUCCUGCGCUACCACCAGGCCAUCCCCAAUCCACGGUAUACAUGAUUGCUGAACGAGCGGCCUGUUUGAUAAGAAAAGGAAAAUGUUGAAGGGCUCCUAUUAGCUUGUUGAAAUGCCUUACGCCUUCGAACUUCCAUAGUGGCAUCAAGUUCACUGUUUUCGACAUCUUUGUUCUCUUGCUUGAUCACCAGGAUCGUUUCUCUUUUUCACACCUUUUUCCCUUACCAUUGCUACUAUUGAGUUGACAAUCCUGACAUUCACCGCAUCUCCAGAAGCAUUACCCAUUGAUUUUUUGUUCCCACUGAGCAUCAUUUAUUUAACACCAUAGACACACGCAUUAUCCAACUCGCACCCCGUUCUACUUACAAUGAAGAAUGAGUUGAUCUCUCUGAUAACCACGAGCAGCUAUCCAAAUUGAAGCAAUGCAAUACGGGGGGGGGGGGGUGAUUUAAACGUACGGAAUCGUUGGUUUCAAUGACAAAUUCUGAAAAACUCGAAUCAUUGCGUUUUUUCUUAAAGGGAAAGCAUGAAAAAUU